AUGAACCAAACUUGGGACAAGGGUGUUUUUGAGAACGGACAGUCAAAAAAUCCAGGGAAUGUCGGGACAGCGUGCGCGGAGCACCUCCAGAGUACCUCAGGAGAAAAGCUUGAAAAUAAGUCUGCUCCUCUGGGAGGCGCUCAUGGUGGAGUGGGUCAGAACCUGCUGCUGAGUCCUGCAGGUCUUCAGCUGGCUCAGCUUCAGGCCCAGCUCACCCUUCACCGCCUUAAACUCGCCCAGACCACUAAUACUGCUGCCGCAGCCUCCGUCCUAAACCAGGUCCUUUCCAAUGUGGCCAUGUCCCAGCCUCUCUUCAACCAUCUUCGGGGUUCAAGUAUGGCCCAGGCCCAUGGCAGAGCCUUUCCGCCUCCUCCGAUACCCUUCCCACCCCCAAAUGCUGGCCUAGGACAACUGGUUGGGGGUGGCUUUAACCCAAAUCCCACUGGUAUCAGGCCCACUGCCUACAGUGGGGUGUCCAAUCAGAAAGCUAGUCAGCACAAUGAUUUUGGCAAAAAGGCUGGAACAUAUUCGACGGACACAGACCGACGCUUGCAAUUUGGAUAUCUGGGAGGUACGUCACUGGUCGCUAAUAAACCAUGUGAUGGAGGACAGUAUGGUGGAGCCACUACACAACCCAGAAACAAUGUCCACAGCAAUUUUCAAAGAGACUUCUACUCCAAAGAAACCCCAGUACAACAAACUUGUUUCAUGGGAGGAAGCAACGAUCAGAAUCUGGGAUCUGUUUCUUCAUCAGCCACUAAGGAGCAAUGGAAAGGUCCGAUCAACUUGGGGAAGAUGGAUAUGGGUAAAGGACCAGGUCCUGGUGGUUGGGUACCACCCGGACCAGGGUUUGUGGGUCAGAGGGCAGAGUUGUAUAACCCUGAGGAACCCACAGCGGAUCCUAAGUUACACUCUACAUGUGGACCAGGGACUGGCCCACCCAUCGGGCAGCAAGGGGGAUUUCAACAGCAGCCACAGGUUUCCCAGGGGGAAAAAGGGGUGACCUUGUCGUUACAACCCCACCAGUUCAAUGACUAUCAUGGGACGACACCUUUACACCUACCCCAUCAGUGCACUAUUUGUGAAAAGAAGGUUUACAACUUAAAGGACUGGGACCAGCAUGUGAAGGGCAAGUUACAUCUGCAGAACUGUUCGCUUUACACUGAAAGCCCGCCGCUCGGAGCAGUGCACUUUCCAGUGUCUUCUGAAGGAUGUCUCAACAUGGCAUUGAGUAACACUAUGGCAUACACAUCAGCUGCCAGUCAAGAUGUUUCAACUGGAAGCGCUUCAUAUUUGCCUGCCACAGCCAUGUCAUUUCCUCUCUCAGGGCCGGGAUUUACUUCAGGAGUGAAGUUUCUUCAGCGUAAGGCGUGUCCCGGGCGCGUGGUCCACAUCUGUAAUCUCCCAGAAGGCAGCUGCACGGAAAAUGAUGUCAUCAACUUGGGGCUGCCUUUCGGCAAAGUGACCAACUACAUCCUCAUGCGCUCGACGCAUCAGGCUUUUCUUGAAAUGGCGUACGUGGAGGCGGCUCAGGCCAUGGUUCAGUAUUACCAGCUGCAGCCGGCCACAAUCAACGCACACAAACUCCUCAUCCGCAUGUCCAAGAGAUACAAGGAGCUGCAGCUCAAGAAACCAGGGAAAGAUGUCGACUCAAUCAUCCAUGACAUCAAUUCCCAGAGAGAGCGAGAUGAGGUGCAGGAGGCUGACAGGUACCUUCCAGAACGUGCAAGAUCUCGCAGCCCAAUCAGUCGUUCUCUGAGUCCGCGCUCCCACAGUCCGAGCUUCACUUCAUGUAGUUCUGCACACAGUCCCCCGCGGCCUGACUGGAGCAACGGCAUGGGGCCGCGCCGGGCCUCUUGGGACUGGACGUCCCAUUCCCGAGGUGACGAGGACCCCCGUGAGAGAGACGACUGGAGGAACGACAAAGAGGAGAGAGCCAACGGGUGGCUGUCUGAGCGCAGGAAACCCUACCUUAAAACCGGGGACCGGAUCAGCCCGCGGAUGGGGCACGGGGACGAGCGGGGGAGGGACUGGUACCCCCGCGGGAGUCCUCUGGGUUCCUCCUUCUCCUCCUACCACUCCAUAGAUGACUUUUACAAGAAAGACUCACUGUACAAGACUGAUAAACAGAGCAGGCCGCAACAUCACAGACACGAAGGGAAAACUAAGAGACGGGACGGUGGAGACUAUCACAGGCCGAGACACUCGGAGUCAGACGUGACGGACGACAUCGGCUCCAACCGGAUAGAUGAAGACCGAGGACGCAGCAAGAGGUCGAGCCGAAGACGAGAGGAGGACGAGAAAGAGUCCCAAAAUAAGAAAGAAGAACAUAGAGCAAAAGAAAGAUCAGUGUCUCCUCAUAACAGCAAACCUGCAGAGUCCUCAAAGUGUGAAAGUGAGGGACUGGAAAGUGGAGAUGAUGGAGAGGAGGAGAGCUGGUAUCCUAAAAGCAUGGAGGAACUGGUGACCGUGGAUGAAGUCGGAGGUGAAGAUGACUCUAUAGUUGAACCUGAUCUACCUGACCUUCAAGAGGAGGACCAGAGAGUUGAGCCCGUUCUGUCGGCGACAGAGAGCCCUAAACCAAUUGCAGAAACCCCAACAAAAGUUGAGGACACUGUGGUGGACCCUCCUACCCUUCCACCACUGGAUUUGGUCCCUGAGGAAAGCUCUGGAGGUGCUCAGUCCUGCCCUGGAGAGACCCCCCUGAAGUCAUCUGUCCCAGAGCAGCCGGUCUCUCAACUCAACCAGUUCCCAUCCCACGAGUUCAAGAGCGCUUUGGAGGAGACAUGCACUGCCACUGAUAUGGAUACACAGACCAACACAGCCACACCAGCUGGGCCUCCAAACCACAGCAGCACAUGUGAAAGUGGAAAAGUGACAGACUUGAGUAAUAACGAAAAAAAGGAGGCAGAGUUGGACAACAAGGAGCCAUGUCUCAAACAGGACAGUCAGAAGAAAGAUAUCCCCGACUCAUUACCGGCCCCUUCACCUCAGGCGACAGACAUCUGUGCUGCGGCACCUUCUCAGGAUCAGGAGAAAGCCAUUAGUGAACACAGCAUACCGUUGGGUGUGGAGUUCAUUGUGCCAAGGACGGGAUUUUAUUGCAACCUGUGUGGCUUGUUUUACAACAGCGAACAAACAGCCAAGAUGACACACUGUCGGAGUACAAUUCACUACAGGAACCUACAGAAGUAUCUGUCGCAGCUGGCGGAGGAAAGUCUCUUGAACUUCCACACCGAGUCGCCAAAAACUGAGUGAAGCUUACCUGAGACUGCCAUCACUGUUGGGACACACUGAGUGAGACAAAGCCAUGGAGAGACAGAGACACACAACACAAAGAGGAAAGGAACGGGACACAAGGAGAACUGGAGCAAUUGGAUACUUUGUGUACUCUAGGUCAUAGCAAUGUGAAUUGAAUUGUGAAAAAAAACAUUUUUUUUAAAAAAAAUAUUAUAUUUUAAAGGAAUAGUUCACUGGAAACAUUUUAAACUUUUUUUAUGCUGCUAUUUUUCUGUACAAUGCAAGUGAAUGGGGACUUCUAAUUUUAAAAGCAUCAUAAAAAUUGGAUUACAAUGGAUUAAUCUGGAUUACAUGAUCAGAUUCCUAAAGUUAAAAACUUGUAAUUAGAUUAUAUUACAUUUAAAAUACUUGUAAUCUGACUACAGUUACUUUUUAUUGAUUACAUGAUCAUUUAAUCACAAAAUGGCAGUAAAUUAUUCAUAAUUCAAUGAGUAUUCAAUUCAAAUCACUUUAUUCAUCCCCAAGGGGCAAUUUAAAUGACAUAAAGAGUAGCAUAUAUUGAACUACACACAGUUCAUCAUUAAUAAAAAUAAAUAAAUAGUUAAAAAAUAAGAAUAGAAAGUAGAUAGGAUGAGUACCUCAGUCUAUUUCAUGUUUUAGUGCAGUUCAAAGUUAGUUAAUUAGUAUAAUUCUCCCUAAUAACUAAUUUAAAUUUUCUUUUCUAAAAAGGCCUAUUGAUUCAGAAAUUCUUCCAGUUUUGUGGAAUUGCACACACAAGAACAGCCACUGGAAAAUUGACCACACCAUAAACAAGUGUAAUAUUUUUUAGUAAGUGUUCUAUUUUUGUUUUUAUUUUAUUUGUUGUUAAAUUUACUUCACGUUAUUCUAUACAAAUCAAUGUGAUAAAUGAGUUAGGUCAAUAAAAGGGAUGCAGGAUA